UUAUUAAUCACCUAUUAAGCUACUUUACAAAGAUUGUAGUACCACUAAUCUAAAUUUGUCCUUUCUUUGCAGUACAAAAAACUCACGUGAUCAACUUAUAAAAACCAAACAAAAUCAAUUUAAUUUCUCUCUCCAAUUCUCCACCAAAAUGACUACCAAAACCACCAACUUUCUCUCUCCUCUUCUUCUUCUCAUCAUCACAAUAAUAAUCCCCUGCAUCUCAGCCCACAGUGGCCACCAAGAUCAGGACACAUCAACACCGUCCAAUCAUCCCAAUCUCAGAGAAAAAUCACUAAUCAUAGUAAAAAUAUGGUGUCUCAUAAUAAUUUUCCUAGGAACUUUUAUAGGGGGUAUUUCCCCUUAUUUUUUGAAAUGGAACGACGCGUUUUUGGUCCUAGGAACUCAAUUUGCUGGAGGAGUAUUCUUGGGAACUGCGUUGAUGCAUUUUUUGAGUGAUGCAAAUGAAACUUUUCAAGAUUUGACUGAAAAAGAAUACCCUUUUGCUUUUAUGUUGGCUUGUUUUGGGUAUUUGCUUACUUUGUUGGCUGAUUGUGUCAUUACCUAUGUUUUUAGAAAGAGUAACAUUCAAGCUUCUCACUCCAACAAUAAUGGGAUUGAAGCAGAGGGACUUCCAAAUCAGAAAACCAACCAGCAUACAAAUUCAACAAAUCAUUCUGAGGCUAGUCAUAGCACUAACCACUUUGCCAAUGCAAGGUUAGCAACAGCAAGCUCUCUAGGAGACACCAUCCUCCUAAUAACAGCCUUAUGCUUCCACUCAGUCUUUGAAGGCAUAGCAAUCGGAGUAUCCGAAACCAAAGCAGAUGCUUGGAAAGCCCUAUGGACAAUCUCCCUACACAAAAUCUUUGCUGCCAUCGCAAUGGCUAUAGCCCUCCUUCGUAUGAUCCCUGACAGGCCUUUACUGUCCUGUGCAUCAUACGCGUUUGCAUUUGCCAUCUCGAGCCCUAUUGGUGUUGCCAUAGGUAUCAUCAUCGAUCAGACAGCCCAGGGCACGGUGGCUGAUUGGAUCUUUGCUAUAUCCAUGGGGAUUGCUUGUGGGGUGUUUGUGUAUGUUUCAAUCAACCAUUUGUUAGCUAAGGGUUAUACUCCUCAUAACAAAGUUGGGGUAAAUACUCCAUUUUAUAGGUUUUUGGCUGUUGUUUUGGGAGUUGGGGUGAUUGCUGUGGUUAUGAUUUGGGAUACUUGAUAGUGCUACUUGAGACUGAAUUUUUUGUGUUUUA